AUGGAGCCGCGCCGCUCUGGUCAGAUUCUGGAGAGGUGGCGAGAGUACUACAAUCACUUGUGUAACGAAGAGUUCUGUCAUCCUCCCAUGCCAACUGUUCCCAGCGUCGAGGGUCCUGUUCUACCAAUUACUGCCGUCGAAGUCAGUGCUGCUCUCGCAAAAAUGAAGUCGAACAAGGCAACCGGUCCUGAUGACAUACCUGCUGAUGUCUGGAAGCUGCUAGGAGAUCGAGGGUCCGUGUGGCUCGCAACUCUAUUUAACAAGAUCGUUGCAGAAGGACGGGCUCCAGACGUUGGGCAAACUUCCGUGACCGUGCCUGUCUGGAAAGGAAAAGGAGACAUUGCUGACUGCACCUCGUACAGGCCUAUACGACUGCUGUGCCAUACGAUGAAGGUUUUUGAGCGUGUGCUGGAAGCUCGUCUGAGGAAAAUUGUUAGCGUUUCACUCAACCAGUGCGGCUUUGUGAAGGACCGCAGCACUAUAGAUGCUGUCCAUGCUUUCCGUAUUCUCCUGGAGAAACAUCGAGAGAAGAACCGCAGUGUGCAUGUUGCUUUUCUCGAUCUCGAGAAAGCUUUCGACCGUGUCCUACAUGAGCUGUUAUGGAUGUCCAUGAGGUCGCAUAGAGUACCAGAAGAAUAUGUGCGGUGGACGAAGCUGCUUUAUGCGAAGCCUACCAGCGUUGUACGAUGUGCUGCUGGAACAAGCAGGCCAUUCCCUGUACAAGUAGGGGUUCAUCAGGGUUCAUCCCUCUCACCCCUGCUGUUCAUACUGUGCAUGGACACGAUAACGAAGGAAAUCCAGAAGCAGCAUCCGUGGACUCUACUCUUUGCCGACGAUAUCAUGCUCGCGUCGGAGUCUCGAGAUGAUCUUCAGAAACAAGAAACUUGGAAGGAUCAGCUGCAGCAAUAUGGAUUGCGCCUCAACACAUCAAAAACUGAGUACAUGGAGUGCGGACCAAGGAUAGAGGACGGUUCAAUUCGUGUCGAUGGCACCGAAUUAAACAAGGUGAACUGUUUCAAGUACCUUGGAUCCAAAGUGACUUCCACAGGCGACAUUGAUCAAGAAGGUCGAGCACGUGUUAAUGCGGCAUGGAUGAAAUGGAAAAUGGCAACAGGGGUACUGUGCGACAAGAAAGUCCCUGUUCGACUGAAGUCGAAGAUCUACAGGACGGUUGUGCGUCCUGUUGCCCUUUACAGAUGCGGUGCGGCCCUUUACGGUGCUGGCCGACAACGAAAGCCUUGGAAAGAGUGCUGCACGCUAUGGAGAUGCGGAUGUUGA